AAAAAAUCCCAAACCAGCUGCGUAAAUGAGUAUGGAAGAUUAUGAUUUCCUCUUCAAAAUUGUUUUAAUCGGCAACGCCGGGGUGGGGAAGACCUGCUUAGUCCGUCGCUUCACUCAGGGGCUUUUCCCACCAGGGCAAGGAGCCACGAUUGGGGUUGACUUUAUGAUUAAAACUGUGGAGAUAAACGGUGAAAAAGUAAAGCUGCAGAUCUGGGACACGGCAGGGCAGGAGCGGUUCCGAUCCAUCACGCAGAGCUACUACCGCAGCGCCAACGCGCUGAUCCUGACCUAUGACAUCACCUGCGAGGAGUCCUUCCGCUGCCUGCCCGAGUGGCUGCGGGAGAUAGAGCAGUACGCCAGCAACAAGGUCAUCACUGUGCUCGUGGGUAAUAAGAUUGAUUUAGCUGAUAAGAGGGAAGUCUCCCAGCAAAGAGCUGCAGAAUUUUCUGAAGCACAGGACAUGUACUAUCUGGAAACAUCAGCAAAAGAGUCGGAUAAUGUGGAAAAACUCUUCCUGGACUUGGCCUGCCGGCUGAUCAGCGAGGCACGACAGAACACCCUUGUGAACAAUGUCUCAUCCCCCUUACCAGGAGAGGGGAAAAGUAUCAGCUACUUGACUUGCUGUAAUUUUAAUUAA